AUGGUGGUCUACAAUGCAAGUGGAAGGGUGGAGAUUGCCUAUGAAGAGUACUUGGAACAGGAAGCAAAGAAAGCAUCUGAACAGGCAUAUGGGCAGUAUCUAGAUCAGAUUGAAGUGUGCAAGCAGAGGGCUGGGCCCAAAUCCACAAACGACGUGCAAAUCAUCAUUGACACGCAACACUUUAGGACAUUGUAUUGCGAAGCAAGAGAUGGAUGGGGCAGUGAUUUCGAAUGGAUAACGGGAUUUGAACAGGACGAGACUACAACUAUAUCGAGACGUGUUUGUCGCGAGACGCUGAUAUUGUGUUCGAGUACCGCGCGAGAUCAUUUCACGUACAAUCCUGGUGACGACCAGUUGCAUUUACCGGUCGUCUAUCCGCGAGCCCAUCGCCAACCACCAAAGGAGCUUGAUGACCAGAUGGCUUUUAUACGUGCCAAGGAGAUUGAGGAAUACGUUUUGCCAUGGCUGGAUAAAGUGAAGAAGUGGCGUACAGCAGAAAACAAACAGCACCGAGAACUUCUGGCAAACCCGGGCGGUCCAAUAGCAAUGGAUAUUCCUACGCCGCUUCUGGACAAGAUACAUCUCUACAACGUCAUGCUUCAACUGGGCCUUCCGAGAUUCAUACAGCGCCCGCUUGUCGAGGCCCUGAUUUCUCAAUUGAACAGGACAAGGCUCUCGGCAUGCCAUCUCGACACGUUGGAAAUCACAGUCGGCCGCUUCUACUCACGAGGCCUCGCGAUCCUCGACCCCGUCAUCAACCACGUGAUCGGAACGUAUUACCUCCGCACUCUAGACGACCGCAGGCACCCAGAGCCUGCGGGGCGGUCCCGCAGCAAAAAGCAAGGACAAGCCGCAACAACAGCCGUACAAGCUGGCCCCAAAGACCGGGUUCGCGCCGACGGCAGCCUGGAAACUCGAUUCCACGAGGAAUACCCUUCUCCCGUCGACUUUGGCAAGACCAAGAGGAAAUACCUCAAGUUUGCGGAGCAGGACGCGCGCAGAAGCGAGUUGGUACAUGAUACGUAUAUUCUCCCGCCCGAGUUGGCGGUCCUAGGCCACUGUGUCAGACACUGGUCUGGCGUGCGUCGAAACGGCAGUGUGGCGGCGGCGCACACGGGGUUUCCGCUUAACACGGGGCUCAGCAGGACUUUUGUGCGUCGCGAUGCGUCUGUUGCGCUUGAUGUGGCGGAUUGCGAGGAGGAGCGGACAAAUCAGGUGGUGGAGGGAGAAUCUUUACCUUUGUGA